UAAUAUACUAAAUCUUUUAAAUUUUUCAUUUUUGCAAAUUGCGUUUUGAAUGGAUGUACGUAUUGGACGCUUCUUUGAUUUUCACUGUUUGAUUGGGCUAGAAAGUUUUACAAUUUAGAAUAGAAGUGAUGGGUGGCUUUUUUUUCAGCAAUUGAAUGAUAUAGUUCUCAAGUUGUUUGCAAUACUGCCUCAAAGAAGUAGUCUUUUCGUUACAACAACAACAAAAAUUCAGGAAUUCUUGUGUAAAAAUUACAAAAAUGUAUAAAAGGUGUUAGUUAAUGUUGAUAGUGAAAUGGAAUGAUUGAAUUUACAUGGUCCACUUUGAAUAUCUCUAAUCAUUUCUGUGGUUUGAAUUUCACUUAUAUCUAAAUCACCAAUCACUUCAUAACAGCUUGAGAUAGAGUAUUUAUGUCGCUGAUACAGUGUUUACCCAUAUGGGAGAAGAAGAAAAAGCAACACAAACUCUUUUGAGUUUUAAAAGUUUCUCUUUUUAUGUAUUCUAUGCAAAACUACAACAUUAGUGGCAAUCUAAUUCUGAAAAUCUCAGUAAUGAAGAUCGGAUCUUACUAUAAAACCUAUUUAAGUUAUUGUUUAAUCUUGCUCUCCCUAACAAGCAAUAUGGCUAGAGAAAUGGAUUGGAGGAGAAAAGAAAAGAGAUUAUUGGAAUGAAAAAGUAAGAGCAAGUGGGGACACAUGAAGGGGCCUUUGUGUUUAACAUAAAACCAGGAGAAGCAUACAUUUCUUGCUUUAUCUAUCUUUUUCUUGGGAUUAGACUUGCAAUUUCACUCUACCUUUGUUUAAUUCUUGCAGCAACCACCAUGUCCAUGGGUGAUGAGAAACAGUGUGAGAUGAGGAACGAAAUGAUGUUAUUUGGUUUGCUGAUUAGGAGAGUCUUUGAUGAGGAAAAGGGUAAGCUUCUUCAGAGGCUUGAGGAUGCCACUAGUGAAAUUACAGAGUUGAAGAAAGUGAGAAAUGAUGAUGCAAAAGCUAACGAGAAGGUGGUUAGCAUAAUCGCGUCUCAAAAACAGAAUUGGUUAAGGGAGAGGUAUGGAUUAAGGCUACAGAUUGAGGCUCUGAUGAAGGAAUUAAGGAAUAUUGAGAAGAGGAAGAGAAAAAGCUUAUCGGAGAUGCAAGAAAGAUUAAAAGAAAAGGAAGGUUUAGUGGAAUCUAAAGAUAAGGCAGUAGAAGACGAGAAGCGGAAAUGCGAAGAGUUGGAGGAAAGACUGGUCAAAGCAGAAAAAGAAUUUCAAGAUUUAAGGGAAACACAAGAGAGAGAUGUGCAAGAACAUUCUUCUGAGCUAUGGAGGCAAAAGAAGACAUUCCUUGAGCUUGCUUCUAGCCAGAGACAACUUGAAGCUGAACUGAGUCGUGCAAAUAAGCAAAUUGAGGCUAAAGGACAUGAACUUGAAGACUUGUCAUUAGAAAUCAAUGAGAUGCGGAAAGAUUUGGAACAGAAAGAUCGAAUUUUGGCAGUGAUGAUGAAAAAGUCAAAACUGGACAUGACCGAAAAGCAGAUGACAUUGCUUAAGGAGGCUAAGAAAAAGCAAGAUGAAGAAGAAACAAAGAAAUGGAGAACGAAUCCAAAAUCAAGAAAACACGAAAGACGGUCACUAAGAAGCAUGUUUGCUUUUGAAGCCACAAGUAAGCCUAAAAGCAACAGUGUUGGUUCCAUUACUCACAUUGAACAUCUGGAGUCGAAUAAAGAUCCUGAUGUCGUCCCCUACUCUAUUGGUGAUCUCAGUGACCUAGGUGUCGAUGGAAUUGCAAAGAAGCGUGAGAAUUUGAUUUUUGGAGAGGAAGAACUUUGUAUUAGAGUGAUAGGGAAGAAGCAAGAGAUAGAGAUAGGGGACUUUACAGAGCAUAUGAAACUAAAAGAUGAAAAGGUUGAAACUCUCUGUUUGCAUCUGAUGAACUCUGAGUUAGAAUCAAAGCGGUUGAGAUCUUGUAUCGAAGGACUGAGCCAAGAAAUGUCACAGUUGAGACACGACAACACAGAGUUGGAAGGCAUGGUAAACCGAAGAGGGGAAGAAUCGGUUUCCCUGAAGAAUCAAGAUUUCAAGACUCAGCCAAAAAGCCUGGUGCCCCACAAGAACAAUAUGAGUUGUAGAAGGAAGAACACAAAAACAGAAGCACUAGGAGAGCAAGAAAGAGAAUUCGAAUCAAGGGAAGUUUCUCAGGAAAAUGCCACCGAGAAAGGAAGGGAAUCUUACUCUCCUGAUGAAUUGAGACAUUUGACUUUGAAGGCUGCUCAAUCUGAUGCUGAAGAAGGGUCUGAAAACGAAAGACACGUACCAGAGAAUAAGUGUACCAGAGAAAAAGCAAAUGGUAAGGAGAAUAAGAAACUUAUAAAGUCAUCCAGCACAAGCAAUCCACCUUGGAGAAUGGAUCUUCAUGCUCUUGGAGUUUCAUACAAGAUCAAAAGGCUGAAACAACAACUAAUGAUGCUUGAAAGAUAUAUUGGGAAACCGGAGAGCCAAGAGACUGAAAAAAACAUCAGUGAUACCGGGAAAAGGGCUUUGUUAUUGCUCAUUACAUUGCUCAACAAACAAGUUACUAGGUAUCAAUCACUACACGAGAAGAUUGAUGAUUUGUGCAAAAGAAUGCAUGUGAAUGAUCCAGAGAAGAUUAGCGGAAACAUGAGAGCAAAUGGGGAAGCCAAAACAUCACUAGAGCAUUUCUUAGAUGAGACAUUUCAGCUGCAAAGAUACAUAGUGGCAACAGGACAAAAACUGAUGGAAAUCCAAUCCAAGAUAGCUUCUGGCUUUGUUGAGUUUCUAGUAGACCUAAUCACAACUGAAUCCUCCUCUUCUAGUAGCAGCUUUGAUCCAGAACGUUUUGCAGAAAACAUCAAAAGUCUGUUUCAAGAAGUGCAAAGAGGGCUUGAGGUUAGGAUAUCCCGAUGCAUAGGUUAUCUUGAAGGGACAUUAGCUCGUGAGGGAAUGAUACAUUUGAAACGACGGGGCGACAUGGAGCUACAAGUAUGAGAAGCU